AUGUCAAACGAUUCAGAUAAAGGUAGUACUGGUAAAGUUGAAGUUCAUCCUGUAACUAGUGUUGCAUAUGGUGAAAUUCAAGAUUUUAUUUCAAACACUCAACAACAUAAUCAACAUCAUAAUUUAGAUUCUCUUGCUUUAACUGAUGAAAAAAAGGCUCAUAGAUUAUUAGAAGUUGCUAAAGCAAAUUUAGAAUUAGCUCAAGAAACUGGUUAUACUCCUGAAUUAAAAAGAAAUUUUGGAGUUCUUUCAUUAUUAGGUGUUGGGUUUGGAUUAACUAAUUCAUGGUUUGGUAUUUCUGCUUCUUUAAUUACUUCUAUUAGUAGUGGGGGUCCAAUGAUGGUGGUUUAUGGUAUUAUCAUUGUUGCUUUUAUUUCCAUGUUUAUUGCUAUUACAUUAUCUGAAUUAGUUAGUUCAAUGCCAAAUGCUGGUGGUCAAUAUUAUUGGACUAUGAAAUUAGCUCCAAAAAAAUAUGCUCCUUUUGCUUCUUAUAUGUGUGGUGCUUUUGCUUGGGCUGGAUCUGUUUUCACUUCUGCUUCAGUUACUCUUUCUAUUGCUUCUUCAGUUGUGGGUAUGUAUAUGUUAUAUCAUCCUGAAGAAGAAGUUAAAACUUGGCAAGUGUUUGUAGCUUAUGAAAUUGCUAAUGUUUUAUUAGUAUUUUUUAAUAUCUGGGAAAGACCAUUACCUGCUAUUUCUCAAACUUCAUUAUAUGUUUCAUUAGCAUCAUUUUUCAUUAUUACCGUGGUUGUAUUAGCUAAAUCCCUGGGUGAUUUCCAAUCGGCGCAUUUUGUAUUUGUUGAAUUCACCAAUGGUACUGGUUGGUCAUCAAGUGGUAUUGCUUUUAUUGUCGGUUUAAUUAAUCCAAAUUGGUCAUUCUCAUGUUUAGAUGCUGCUACUCAUUUAGCUGAAGAAUUAUUAGAACCAAGAAAACAAAUUCCAAUUGCUAUUAUCGGUACUGUUAUCAUUGGUUUCAUUACUUCUUUCACUUAUUCUAUUGCUAUUUUCUUUUCCAUUAAAGAUUUAGAUAGUCUUUAUGUUUCCAACACUGGUGUUCCGAUCAUGGAUAUUUUCCAUCAAGUUUGUGGUUCAAAAGCAGGUGCCAUCGGUUUAGAAUUAUUAAUCUUGUUAACUGCCAUUGGAUGUAAUAUUGCUUCUCAUACAUGGCAAGCAAGAUUAUGUUGGUCAUUUGCUAGAGAUAAUGGGUUACCAGGUUCAAAAUAUUGGUCUCAAAUUAAUACUAGAACUGGUCAACCAGUCAAUGCUCAUAUUAUGUCAUGUGCUUGGUGUGCUGUUAUUGGAUGUAUUUAUAUGGGUUCAAGUACUGCUUAUAAUGCCAUGGUUAUUGGAUGUAUUAUCUUUUUAUUAAUGUCUUAUGCUGUUCCAGUUACAUUUUUAUUAAUUAAAGGUAGAGAUAACAUUCCUCAUGGUCCUUUCUGGUUAGGUAAACUUGGUUUAGUAUCAAAUUAUGUUACUUUAUUCUGGGCUAUUUUCACCACUAUUUUCUAUAGUUUCCCACCUGUUAUGCCUGUAACUGCUGGUAAUAUGAAUUAUGUAUCAGCUGUGGUUGGUGUUUUCGGUGUUUACUGUGUUAUCUAUUGGUUUGCCAGAGGUAAAUAUAAGUUUACUACCAUUGAUGAAAGAGAAGGUCAAAUUGAUGAAUUAACUCAUCAAUUAUCUAAUCAAUUAUCCGAAUUAGAAGUUAUCUUAUCCCAUAAAAGGGAAGCUUAA